CUUGUUCACAUGGUUUCGAGGCACAAUGAGUCACACUGGCUCUUGGAAACUUUGGCUCUGGGUGGCACUGCUCCUGCUUCCUGCUUCCACUUCCGUGACGGUCAGGGACAAGCCAGAAAAACAAUGUGCUAUACUGAGAACAGAGGGACAUCAGUUUUUCCAAGACAACAGAGAUAAACUUGAAGUUUCAGGUUUUGAUCUAGGAGAGAGCUUUUCUUUGCGACGUGCAUUUUGUGAAGGUGAUAAAACCUGUUUCAAAUUGGGAAGUGCACUUCUUAUUAGAGAUACCAUUAAGAUAUUUCCCAAAGGCCUUCCUGAGGAGUAUGCCAUAGCAGCCAUGUUUCGGGUACGAAGAAGCACUAAGAAGGAACGGUGGUUUCUAUGGCAGGUUUUAAACCAGCAGAACAUGCCACAGGUUUCUAUAGUAGUUGAUGGUGGAAAGAAGGUGGUGGAAUUUAUGUUCCGUGCUGCUGAGGGAGAAGUGUUGAACUACAUGUUUAAAAAUCGAGAACUCCGUUCUUUGUUUGAUCGUCAGUGGCAUAAACUUGGCAUUGGUAUACAAUCCCGGGGAGUUUCACUGUAUAUGGAUUGUAAUUUAAUUGCAAGCCGGCACACCGAUGAAAAGGAUGCUGUGGACAUUCAAGGAAGGACUGUUAUCACCGCACGAGCUUCAGAUGGCAAGCCUGUGGACAUUGAACUUCACCAACUUAAAAUCUACUGUGACUCAAAUAUCAUAGCUAGAGAAACUUGUUGCGAAAUAUCAGAUACUAAGUGCUCAGAGCAGGAUGGCAUUGGAAGUACUGCAUCAAUAUCACUACCCACUCAUGCCAGCAAAGUGUCUGCAUAUCUGCCAGCAAAGCAGGAACUUACAAACCAGUGCCAGUGCAUUCCAAACAAGGGGGAAGCAGGAUUACCCGGAGUACCAGGCUCACCUGGUCAGAAAGGGGAUAAAGGAGAACCGGGUGAAAAUGGUUUCCAUGGAGCUCCAGGCUUACCUGGUCAAAAGGGAGAACAAGGUGUUGAAGGCAUCAAAGGAGAAAUUGGUGAAAAGGGUGAACAAGGAGAAAAAGGCGAUCCAGGUCUGGCUGGCAUUAAUGGAAAAGAUGGUUUGAAAGGUGACUUGGGUCCUCGUGGUGCACCUGGCCCCAAAGGAGAAAAGGGUGAAACAGGACCUCCAGGACCACCAGCCUUACCUGGUUCCCUGGGGAUUCAAGGCCCCCAAGGGCCACCUGGAAAGGAGGGUCAGAGGGGAAGACGAGGAAAAACAGGUCCUCCAGGAAAACCAGGACCACCAGGACCCCCCGGACCUCCUGGAACACAAGAAAUGCAGCAGAAUCUUAGUGGAUAUUAUAACAAGGGAAACUUUGGUGAACAUGGAGCUGGUGGCCCAAAAGGAGAGAAGGGAGAAACUGGACAACCAGGAUUUCCAGGGUCUAUUGGCCCUAAAGGUCAAAAAGGAGAAUCUGGGGAACCUUUUACAAAAGGUGAAAAGGGAGAUAAAGGAGAACCAGGGGUAAUAGGAUCACAAGGAAUAAAGGGUGAACCUGGAGAUCCUGGUCCCCCCGGUUUAAUAGGAAGCCCAGGACUAAAGGGUCAGCACGGACCUGCAGGCUCUAUGGGACCCAGAGGACCACCUGGAGAUAUUGGGUUGCCAGGAGAACAUGGUAUCCCAGGAAAACAAGGCAUUAAAGGAGAAAAGGGAGAUCCAGGUGGGAUUAUAGGCCCUCCUGGGCUUCCAGGUCCAAAAGGUGAGGCUGGUCCUCCAGGGAAAAGCCUGCCAGGAGACCCAGGAUUAGAUGGAAACCCGGGAGUACCUGGGCCCCGGGGCCCAAAGGGUGAAAGAGGACUGCCUGGUGUCCAUGGCUCCCCAGGUGACAUAGGACCACCAGGGCUCGGAAUUCCUGGCCGAACAGGCUCCCAAGGCCCAGCUGGAGAGCCAGGUAUUCAGGGUCCUCGAGGUCACCCUGGAUUGCCAGGAACUCCAGGGAAUGAUGGAGCUCCAGGGAGGGAUGGAAAGCCAGGUCUGCCAGGCCCCCCAGGCGACCCGAUUGCACUUCCUCUCUUGGGAGACAUCGGUGUUUUGCUCAAGAACUUUUGUGGCAACUGCCAAAGCAGUGUCCCUGGGCUGAAAAGCAGCAAAGGAGAAGAAGGAGGCGCUGGUGAGCCUGGAAAGUACGAUUCUAUAGCCCGGAAGGGUGACAUGGGGCCACGGGGUCCUGCAGGAAUCCCAGGCAGAGAGGGACCAAAGGGAAGCAAAGGAGAACGGGGCUACCCUGGGAUACCUGGGGAGAAAGGCGAUGAGGGUCUUCAAGGAAUUCCAGGCAUUCCGGGUGCUCCAGGUCCGACUGGACCCCCUGGCUUGUUGGGAAGAACCGGACAUCCGGGCCCCUCUGGAACUAAGGGUGACAAGGGCAGCGAAGGACCUCCUGGGAGACCUGGACCUCCUGGACCGCCUGGUGUGCCAUUCACUGAAGGAAAUGGAAUGAGCAGUUUAUAUAAAAUCCAGGGAGGUGUCACUGUUCCCAGUUAUCCAGGGCCCCCCGGCCCCCCGGGCCCAAAAGGUGAUCCUGGCCCAGCGGGAGAACCUGGUGCAAUGGGUUUGCCAGGGCUGGAAGGAUUUCCAGGCAUAAAGGGAGAUCGAGGCCCAGCAGGUCCCCCAGGAAUAGCUGGCAUUUUGGGGAAACCUGGCACCCCGGGGCCUCCAGGAGUUCCAGGGGAACCGGGGGAGAGAGGACCUGUUGGAGACAUUGGUUUCCCUGGACCGGAAGGACCCUCAGGAAAGCCGGGAAUAAAUGGAAAAGAUGGAUUACCAGGUGCUCAGGGCAUCAUGGGUAAACCUGGAGACAGAGGCCCCAAAGGAGAACGUGGUGAUCAGGGAAUUCCCGGAGACCGAGGCCCACAAGGUGAACAGGGAAAGCCAGGCUUUCCAGGCAUGAAGGGAGCCGUAGGUCCUGUGGGGCCGCCUGGAGACAAAGGCUCUGUGGGAUCCCCCGGGCACCAAGGCCCUCCUGGCAUUCCGGGCGUCCCCGGCACUCCAGCUGAUGCCGUUUCAUUUGAAGAAAUAAAGAAGUAUAUUAAUCAAGAGGUACAAAGGAUUUUUGAAGAGAGGAUGGCUGUGUUCCUCUCCCAACUCAAGCUACCAGCGGCAAUGUUGGCUGCUCAAGCUCAUGGGCGGCCUGGGCCACCAGGAAAGGAUGGGUUACCUGGGCCACCAGGAGACCCUGGACCUCAAGGCUACCGAGGACAGAAAGGAGAAAGGGGGGAACCUGGAAUUGGGCUUCCAGGGAGUCCAGGUCUCCCUGGGACUUCAGCUCCGGGUUUGCCAGGCUCACCGGGUGCCCCAGGUCCUCAGGGACCCCCAGGACCUAGUGGAAGAUGUAACCCAGAAGAUUGCCUCUAUCCUGUAUCUCAUGCCCGUCAGCGGACAGGUGGAAAAUAAGCACACAUAAGGAGGACUUGAUUUGGGGUGAUAGCCCCUUGCUGUUGAGCUAUCUUAAUAUGGUCAAACCCUCAU